AGCUGCGGCCCCGCGGGGGCAGUCCCCGCGCGCGCCGCGGGGGGCGGCCGCGCGGAGCGGCCGCGCUCCUCGUAGCAUGCGCCGGCCCCGCGGCGUCGGCGGGCUGCCGCUGCCGCUGCUGCUGGGCUGCGCUGGGGCAAGCGCGCAGCGAGUGUUCGACUGCCUCGGCGGGUACAAGCACUGGGAGAAGGGCUGGUCCGACGACAAGAAGGCCUGGUGCUGCACCCAGCAGGGCAGGGGCUGCCCUGGGGCGUCGGAGGAGGCGACCACGACGGCCGCGCACUCCCGGACGCCCGCGCCGGCGCCCUCCGUGCCCAGCUCGACUGGGCCGCCGUUUGUGCCCGGCUCGACGCUGCUGCCCUUUGUGCCGCCGCCGGCGACGCCGGCUCCGCCUCCGGACUGCGUCGAGGGGUACGCCUCCUGGGAGACGAGCUGGACAGACGAGAAGAAGGAGUGGUGCUGCAAGCACGACCACCACGGUUGCACGACCUCUUCGACCGCCACGACGACAACCACCACCGUCACCCCCACGACCACCACGAGCACCUCCACGGCCACCAGCUCGUCGACCACAUCCACGACCAGGACCCUGACCUCCACGACCACGCCGCCCCGGAACGCCUCCAACGCCUCCGCGCCCUGCGGGGCGCCCUGCGGCACGGUCACGACGACGCGGGCGUACCCGUGCGCGGAGGGGCCGCACGCCCCGGCGUGGACGCUGGAGGAGAAGGCGUGGUGCUGCCACAGCAAGGGGCUCGGCUGCCACGGGCCGCCGUACAACUGCUCCGACUCCCUCGGCGAGUGGGAGGAAGUGUGGUCGAGGCGGCAGCAGUCCUGGUGCUGCGCCCACGAGCAGCGCGGGUGCACCUCCACGACCACCGGCCCCAGGCACGACUGCAGGGCCGGCCUGUCGGACUGGCAGAGGACGUGGUCCGCGGACAAGAUGAGCUGGUGCUGCAGCACUGAGGGCGUCGCGUGCACGACGACGACGACGACAAGCAGUGCGGACAGGUAUGAUUGCUCCGAAGGCUACGAUGAGUGGGAAGAGCGCUGGUCUGUCGCGAAGUGCCGAUGGUGCUGCACGCAUUCUGGCAAAGGUUGUGUGACCACCACCACGACGUCGACCUCACCGCCGUACGACUGCACCACGGAUUUCGACACCUGGUAGCGGGCGUCUGAAAGAAUCCACCGACCACGCCAGAAGCUCUGAUUCCUGCGAGCGCUCGUCCUUUACGGCCACCUCAGGCUCAGGUCUGAGGGUGGGCCCUGGGUUUUUUGCAAUCCUUCGUUCAAGUGAGGGCGGGGGGGCACGAUUUGUUGCCCCUCCCGGCGGCAGAAGCAGCAGUCAUCCAAUACAGGGGUGUUGUUGAGAGAUCGCCGCAUGCAUGCAUGUGUUUUUGUUUGCCGUAUCGCAUUGCACGCAGUAUUGUGUCGAUCAUGCACUUGCUGUGUUCGCAUGCCGCUGCCAUUUUCAUUCGAGUCCUGACGAGCCCCAGCAGGGGCGAAACGUUGACACGCGUAGUGAAAAGGCACGGGCUUGAGAGCGCCAUACGAGUAAGGUGUGC